AUGCCUUCCAAAAAUAGAAAGACAAAAGGUGAUUCAUCCAAUCCUGCUCCCUCUUUCCUGAAGCAAAAAAAUGAACAAGAGGUAAAUUUUGUCCCAUUUCCUCCACCAUCACCUGCUUCCACGUCUAUUCCGAUUACAAUAGUACCUUGUCCACCACCUAUCACUACUCAAUCACCACCUGUGACUACUGCACCACCUACUUCUAUUCCUCGGCAAACACCCAUUUUCACUGAAACCACUACAACCACCACCACAGCCAAACCUCCUGUCAGUGUCAAUGCAUCUGAUGCGGGGGAAAAGACUUCAUGGUUUGCAACUACUACCACUACAUCUCCUAUUUCUCCUCAACAUCACCAUGGUUCGGAGGACUUUCUUGGGGCUAAGGGACUUGACUUUGAUACCUUUCACUAUAGUCCUUUCUCAAUCCAAGAAGACAGUGAUGAUGAUGCCCCUCUCGCUCAGAAGGAUCUCAAAGCUCUGAACGUGAAGCUGGAUACUCUCAUUGUUUCAUCCACUGCCUCUUCAAGCCAUGCGUAUUCCGAAGAAGCAAUCAAAACUUUUCUCAACACACUUGUGAAAGAGCAAACUGCAAAUCUAGACAAAGUCAAUAAAGCGUUUGAAAACUUCACUUGUUUUUUUCUGCAAGCGACCAAAAAAGUCGAUAAACUAAUCUAUAAAAUGAAAACAUUUAUGAUAGAGAUCAAUACAACAGUUGAGUCGAAUGCUUCAAAAGCAUACGAUGCGAUUGUACUCUUAAAUGCUUCGCUUCACAAAGAAAGGGAGACUCUGGAGAAGCUUCGUACCGAUAUUUGUACCGACAACUUUGAAUUUCAAACUUCUAUUUCUUGA